AUGCCCACACGACGAACCCCUAGAUGGCCUCGACCACUAGUUAUCAACCCCCAAUCGUCGCCGCAUAAGCAGACAUUCAUCCUUCUGCACGACCGAGGCUCGAAUGCCACCGACUUCGGCCCAGCGAUGCUCUUCAGGCCGUUUCAUCGGUCUGGCCAUGCCAACACCGAUCGUCAGCCUCAGUACCAUCGUCAAUACCUUACUGCGCAAUCUACAUCUACUUUACAUACGGCAUUUCCACAUGCAAAGUUUGUCUUUCCGACCGCGUCCAUGCUACGUGCAGCGACGUUUACAGAGAGUGUCAUUAACCAGUGGUUCGACACACACUGGCCAUUGGUGUUGCCUGAUGCCACGGAUGACAAUGAUCACAACUCCCGCAACAGCCUUGACGAAGAAACGCGGAAGUGGCGUUCUGAGCUACCGAUUCCAGGUCUUCGUGACACUGCGCGAUAUAUCCAUGAAUUGAUCAAGGCAGAAAUCGAGAUUUUGAAUGGUGAUGCUGGCAGUGUCAUCAUUGGAGGGUUCAGCCAGGGGUCUGCAGCUUCACUGAUUUCGGCGUUGCUGUGGGAUGGCGAUUUGCUGGGAGGAUGGAUUGGGUUGAGUGGAUGGAUGCCUUUUGCUGAGGAGGUUAUGGAUGCAACCCAGCAGGACGAUGAGGACGGAGAAGAAUCGACACCGCUUGAGAAAGGCACUGCCCUGUUACGCGUGACACUCAAUAUGCCAGCUUCUUCACAGAACGACGAUGCCACCGAUCAGAGCUCGUUGAACGGCAUACCCCUAUUCCUCGCCCACGGUUCCGAAGACAAGACAGUCCAUCUCACCCUCGGCCGACAGAUGGUUGACUGUCUCGAAUCUCUGGGCUGGAGCAAUCACAACAUACAAUGGAAGGAGUAUUCCGGUUUGACACAUACCUAUUCCGAGAGCAUAUUGAGCGACAUGGUGGAGUUUUUGACGGAACGGCUUGUAUGA